AUGAAUUCUGAAGAUUGCUCCGUAACGGAAAACAGCUCAUCACAUCUGGAGAGAGGGCAGAAGGACCAUGGCACCAAUAUACGUUUCGAGAAGCAUCAUGAAGGAUCCAUUCAAGUCCCUAUUCCUUGUGCUGUGCUGACUGUGUUCUUCAUCACUUCCUUAGUUAUAGCUCUAGUCGCCUUGAAUGUGGGCCAGUACAAUUGCCCGGGCCUGUAUAAGAACUCGGCAUCAUCUGACCGCCAUGUUGCUUCCUGCGAGGACGAGUGGGUUGCGUACCAGAGGAAAUGCUACCUUUUCUCCACCACAACCAACAGCUGGACCUUGGCCCAGAGCUCUUGCUCUAAAGAUGGAGCCACUCUUGCUGUUAUUGAUUCCGAAAAAGACAUGGUAUUUCUGAAACGACACGCUGGUGGACAGGAACACUGGAUUGGGCUGAACAAGGAAGCUAAUCAGACAUGGAAAUGGGCAAACGGCAAAGAAUUUAACAACUGGUUCAACCUGACAGGUUCUGAGAGGUGCGUGUCUCUGAACUACACAGACAUUACUACUGUGGACUGUGAGGCAAACUUACACUGGGUCUGCAGCAAGCCCUCCAGAUGACAAGGAAGCAUUGCUCUAUAGAAG